CAUAAAACAAGCUACGCGGCCACUGGCAGAGUCUACGUGAACCUUCAACAAACAAUGGAAUUCAAAGACAUCGUCGCCACUAGUGGCUUUGCUGGCUACACCCUGCUACACCCUCUGGAAGGCUUUAGGGGCUUUGGGCCGACCCUCAGCGAAGCGACCUUUGGCCUGCUGGGUACGUCAUUCAAGCCCGAGCGCGAUGUCUCGGGGGUGGAGGGAAAGACGAUUUUUGUGACUGGAGGCAAUGCAGGCAUUGGCCGAGAGACCAUCCUCCAACUCGCAAAGCACCGCCCAGCUCGUAUAUACCUCGGAGCGCGCACAGAAAGCAAAGCGCAACAAGCCAUUGCAUCCAUCAAAGAACAAAUUUCGUCCACAGUCGAUAUCCGAUACAUCCCGCUCGAUCUAUGCUCCUUCAAAUCCAUCCGCGCGGCGGCAGCCAAGUUCCAAGCCGACAGCGACCGGCUAGAUAUCCUCAUUCUCAAUGCAGGUACUAUGGGAAACCCGCCCGUCACCACAGAAGAUGGCUUUGAGAUUCAACUCGGCACCAAUCAUGUCGGCCAUUUCCUGCUCACGAAGCUACUCCUUCCAACACUGAAGAAAACCAUCGCCCAUCUCCAGGACAGCGGGGCGACACCUGAUGUACGCGUCGUUACCGUGUCUUCUAUGGCACAUGUGACGAGCCCCAAUACGCUGGAGGGUAUUACCUCUACGCCUGGCCUUUUGGCUGCUAGUACCUGGACUCGAUACGGAGCGUCAAAGGCAGCUAAUAUCCUCUUUGCGUCUGAGCUUGCGCGCCGUCAUCCGGAGAUCCUUUCAGUGUCCGUGCACCCGGGUGUGAUUAAUAGUGAUUUGUACUCGUAUACAAAAUCGACGAGUGUCUUCAUCAAGCAAGCACUGGGUUUGACUGCGUCUUGUUUCUUCCGCAGUAUCGCGACUGGAGCGUUUAAUUCUCUUUGGGCUGCUAGUACUGCUAGAGAGAAUCUGGUUAAUGGGGGUUACUAUCUUCCGGUUGGGUAUCGCAGUAAUGGAACGGCGUUCGUUCAGGAUGCUGACGUCGCGCGGGGACUUUGGGAAUGGAGCGAGGCUCAGAUUGCUGAGCGAGAGUGAUCUAAGGUCAUUUUUGGGGAAAUAUUCGAAAUGAUCUACUUAACUAAUUUAUUACCUUUGAAAAAUGAGAC